AUGACACCGCCUUCAUCAUUCUUCCCCACCCUGCUCACCUUUCAUAUAUUUCCCCUUCAUGCACCUAUCACCCUGUAUGUCCUCGACGCCCCUUUCGGAAGGUUCGCAAGUAAGACUUCGAACCUGAAUGUGAAUGGUAACAUAGCUUGGGCAGUAGCUGAGCUGGUCUCGCCAUUGACAUUCGCAACGACUCUACUCGUCAACCCACAUCCCACAUUGAAUUAUCCGGCAAGAGUCCUCGCAGGAUUGUAUUUCGCUCACUAUGCUCAUCGAGCAGUCAUCUCUCCCUUGCUACUCUCCCCUAAAAGGUCUCCCUUGCAUGUGGUGGUAGCCUUGGCUAUGGGUCUGUUCAAUCUGUUUAAUGGUUAUCUGAUCGCUCUGGGGUUAGCGUUUUAUCCACCUCAAGCAGAAACAGAUUGGAAGUUCUGGGCAAAAGUCGGAGGAUGGGCUCUAGGUUACAUGGGAAAUGUGUAUCACGAUGAAGUGCUUAACGACCUUCGACGACCUUCAUCCGGGCGACUAGUGAUAUCCCAUCUACCUGAAGAUGACGACCCGAAAUCAGGUAGAUACAAAGUCCCAAGGGGGGGUUUGUACAAAUACGUUUCAUUCCCAAAUUAUCUGUGUGAAUGGCUCGAAUGGACAUGUUUCGCUCUAGCAGCUACGUCAACUUCCACAGCUCUACUCCCACUUCCCCCUCUAUCGACUCUCCGACUCCAAACGGGAUUGCGAGGCGGUAUAGUCAAAUUAAUAGCUAAAAUAUGGUGGCCACCUUAUCUACUUCAUCCCACUUGGAUGUUCGUCCUCGCAGAGAUCACCUCGAUGUUACCUAGAGCAUUGAGAGGUCAUGGGUGGUAUAAAGAGAAAUUUGAUAAUUAUCCAAAAGAGAGGAAAGCCGUUAUUCCUGGGAUUUUAUGA